AUGAAGAACGCAAAAGAUCACGACCGUUGCGUGAAUAUUUCUUUUUUGUACUUUUCUUUUAAGAUUCGAAUACAAAUUUCUCAGUACUUAGUGAAUUAAAAUUGAAAAAGGAUGUUUUGUGGAACUAUGAAAAUUUUUUCUAAUUUAAAAUUUGGAGAAAAAUUACUCUUGGAGAGGAUUAUUAAUAAUGGAAGACGAUUCGCAUCGACGCAGGAGGCGAGAAAAACAUGUCUUUAUGAUUUGCAUGUUAAAUAUCAAGGCAAAAUCGUGAAUUUCGCCGGUUGGUUAUUGCCGGUGCAGUAUAAAGAGGCAAUAGCUGCAUCACACCAACACACGAGAAAUUUCGCGUCCUUAUUCGAUGUUGGACACAUGUUACAAACGCAUGUAACCGGCAGAGACUCAACAGAAUUUCUCGAAUCCUUGACCACAAGUGAUCUUAAGAAUCUCGGUCAAGGAUCUUCAACCCUCACCGUAUUUACCAAUCGUAAUGGAGGGAUUUUGGAUGACCUGAUUAUUACCAAAGAUCAAAAUGACAAAUACUUUGUUGUCUCUAAUGCUGGACGACGAAAGGAGGAUUUACAACUUCUACUAGAGAAGAAAGAUGAAUUAACAGCAAAUGGAAAAGACGUGAAGAUAAAUUUCCUCGAUCCCCUCGAGAGGGGUCUGAUCGCCCUUCAAGGACCAUCGGCAGCAAAUGCACUGCAAUCGGUUUUAAAACGAGACCUAACGAAACUUCGAUUUAUGAACAGUAUUGAAACGGAAAUGAUGAGUGAAAAAAUCCGAGUAUCAAGAUGCGGUUACACUGGCGAGGAUGGUUUCGAAAUUUCCGUACCAGAAAAAAUAGCCGCUCAAUUGGUUGAGAGAAUUUUGGAAAUUCCAGACGUGAAACUCGCGGGACUUGGAGCAAGGGAUAGUUUAAGACUGGAGGCUGGUCUUUGUCUCUAUGGACACGACAUCGAUGAAACUACAACCCCUGUCGAGGCUGCUCUCACUUGGCUCGUCGCUAAAAGACGUAGAGAAGAGGGCAAUUUUCCAGGAGCAGAAAAUAUAGUUUCGCAAAUAAAAUCGGGUGCGAUGAAGAAACGAAUUGGCCUUUCAAUGGGUCAAGGACCACCGGCGAGAGAAGGAGCUGAAAUCUUAACACCUGAAGGCGAAAGAGUGGGUAAAGUAACUUCCGGUGGGCCAAGUCCUACUCUUGGAAGAUCAAUUGCCAUGGGCUAUGUGCCUCCCUCCAUAGCGAAGAAUGGCAAUUCUGUCCUUGUUCAAGUACGAGGAAAAGUUUACAAGGCCGUUAUUACAAAAAUGCCUUUCAUUAAAACUAAUUACUACACCUCUAAAUAAAAUUAAGCCUUUUAAAAAAAAGUAUCUCUUAAAUAAUACAUGUUACAGUUUUAAGCAUUUUUUAAAAUUACAAUGUAUGGUAAAUUCUAAUUGAAUAAAUAAUUUCAAAUGA